AUGAGCCGUCGGCCUGACAGGGCACGGCCCGCUGGUCCCUCACAGGGUCCACCACGCCAGGGGGAGCCGGACCUGUCUGCCAUGACUCCAUCCAGCAGCCACUUGAGGAGCCUUUUCGAGUGUCCGGUAUGCUUUGACUAUGUGUUACCCCCCAUCCUUCAGUGUCAGCGUGGUCAUCUUGUUUGUAUCAGCUGUCGCCAAAAGCUGACUUCUUGUCCAACUUGCCGGGGCCCAUUGGGAUCCAUUCGCAACUUGGCUAUGGAGAAAGUGGCUGAUUCGCUUUCGUUUCCGUGUAAAUAUGCGCCUUCUGGGUGUAGAAUAACUCUGCCGCCCGCGGGAAAAGCAGACCACGAAGAGGUCUGUGACUUUAGACCUUAUUCCUGUCCGUGCCCUGGUGUUCUCUGUCCGUGGGAAGGCUCUGUGGAUGCCGUGAUGCCCCAUCUGAUGGAUCAGCAUGGCUCUCUUACAGCACUAGAGGGAGAGACUGCAAUUUUCCUUGCUAUGAACAUUAAUAACGAGCAUGGUACUUUUUACUGGGUGAUGAUGCAGUCCUGUUUUGACUUGCACUUCAUGGUGGUCUUGCAGAAACAGGAAAACCACCACGGUGAAGAGCGGUUCUGUGCAAUUGUACAGCUGCUAGGAACACCCCAGCAAGCACAAAAUUUUACUUACCAACUUGAGGUGAAAGGUGAUCGACGGCGACUGACUUGGAGAGCAACUCCUCGGUCUAUUCGGGAGGGCAUCGAGACAGCCAUGAUGAGCAAUGACUGCCUUGUCUUUGACACCAACACUGCACAGCUUUUUGCAGAAAACAACGAAUUAAGCAUCACUGUAACUAUUGCCGAGUAUUGA